UUGAACUUUGGAAACAAGUUGGAACUACAAAAACCUCACAUACUUACACUGAGAUUUAACCUCUCUCUGUUCACUCCCAACACUCAAAGAGAGAGUGACCGCUUCAGCAUUUCAGACAGUCAAACUAGUAAGCUACAACAACAGAGCAGAACAGAGCAGAGAGAGAGGAGAGAGAGAGAGAGAGAUGACAGGGCUUGUAAUGGUGACAAGGGGAGGUGGGUGUGGUGGUGGUAAUGGGAAAGGAACUAAAGGAACUAACAAGAGCUCAGAGGAAGAGCAAAACCAGAUUUCUCUGGUAGCCCUUCUCUUAGCUGCUGUAAGGAAAUCCAUGGUGGCCUGCCGUGUUGAACAAGGUGAAGAAGUCAUCUCCACCGUCCACAACAUGGAGAUCGGGUGGCCCACAAAUGUCCAACACGUUACCCAUGUCACCUUUGAUCGCUUCAACGGGUUUCUGGGUCUUCCUGUUGAGUUCGAGGUUGAGGUCCCUGGUCGAGUUCCCAGUGCAAGUGCAAGUGUGUUUGGCGUCUCAGCAGAGUCAAUGCAGCUGUCUUUUGAUUCAAAGGGGAACAGUGUCCCUAUCAUUCUCUUGCUAUUGCAGGAGCGAUUAUACUCACAAGAAGGACUGAAGGCAGAAGGAAUAUUCCGUAUCAACCCAGAGAACAGCCAUGAGGAGCUUGUGAGAAGCCAAUUGAAUAGGGGGAUUGUACCUGAUGACAUUGAUGUCCAUUGUCUGGCAGGCCUAAUUAAAGCCUGGUUUCGAGAACUUCCUUCCGGAGUGCUAGAUGGACUAUCCCCUGAACAAGUUCUUCAAUGUAACACAGAAGAUGAAUCUGUUGAGCUUGUGAAGCAGUUAAAGCCAACUGAGACCGCGUUACUCAAUUGGGCUAUAAAUCUGAUGGCUGAUGUUGUUGAGGAAGAAGAAUUCAACAAAAUGAAUGCAAGAAAUAUCGCUAUGGUUUUUGCUCCAAACAUGACUCAGAUGUCUGAUCCUCUGACGGCUUUGAUGCAUGCGGUUCAAGUAAUGAAUUUGCUUAAGACCCUGAUUAUGAAAACACUGAAAGAACGGGAAGAGAAUGAUGAAACUGGUGGAUAUUCACCAAUGUCAUCUUGUUCAUCUGAUCAUCAAACAGAUGAAGACUUUGAUAGUCAGCAAGAAAUGGAUACCAGAUCUGAAUUGGGGGGACCGGCAUCAGACUUUGAUGAAAAUGGCCACUCCAGCUGCAGCAGUGAAGAUGAAGAUGAAGAUGAAGAUGAAGUCCGGUCGCUAAGCGAGAUAGAAGCAUGCUUCUUAAGACACUUGGGUGAGAAUAAAGCUGUCACAAAUAGCUUGGAUCAAUUAACAGGCGAGUUGCAUGGGGAGUCUCUAAGUCCUCAAAGUUGCCUGAGUACAAGUGAUGGGGAAGACUCUGGGAAACGUAUAAAGAGCUCUUCAUCAGUAUCAUGUUCAAAAAUGAAUGAAAUGGAGAUGGUGGACAGAUAAAUGGAGCCUGUUUCACAUAUACAUUUGUUUGCAUCAACUGGGCCUGUCUGAUGGGCAUUUCUUCUCUGGAGAUGGAUUUAGUUUGCUUUCCAGUCAUGUUUCUUCUGUAUAUUAAUUAUAUGAUGCUUGUGAGUUGAUUUAGUUGAACCAAGCUUGGGAAUGCUUGGUUGUGGUUGAUUGUGACUUGUGAGCAAGUCAGGGUUCAGCUUUGGGCUGAACUUAUGCUUGAUUUGUAAGAGAAUAGGACCUCUAACUUUGACAUUUCAUUUCAAAUUAUUUGUAGUCAUAAGUCUAGUCCUCACUUAUGCUUGCUUAUGAUAAUUCUUCUUGGUGCAAUGAUAGAAAGCCUGAGAUUCUGCUUGUUACGAUA